CGCAUCCGUUUUUGAAUUUUCCCCUCCUCCUCCGUUCCCUUCCCUUUUCUCUCCUUUCACACCUCUCUCUCUCUCUCUUCUUCCAAUUGGAAUACACAACAUGGACUUCAAUUGACUCCUUCCUUCUUCUCUGCCCUAUAUAUUUCCUUUUUCUCUCUCACCCUCACCCAUAAAAUGGCGGUUUCAGGUAGAAUGUCAGAGCUUCACCUCACCAAAUCAAUCAGCCCCGAUCGCCGAUCAGUCCCCGUCGUUUACUACCUCUCCAGAAACGGCCAGCUCGAGCACCCCCAUUUCAUCGAGGUCCCCCUCUCCUCCUCCGCCCACGGCCUCUUUCUCCGCGAUGUGAUCGGGCGAUUGAAUGUUCUUCGCGGGAAGGGAAUGGCCUCCAUGUACUCGUGGUCGUGCAAACGAAGCUACAAAAACGGAUUCGUGUGGCACGAUUUAUCGGAGAACGAUUUCAUCUACCCUGCUCGCGGCGAGGAAUACGUCCUCAAAGGCUCCGAGCUUCUCGAGAAUUCGUUCCUCGAGAGUCCUCUUCCUCCGCCGGAGAAUCAGCCGGAUUCCGGACACAGGCGGCGCCGGAACCAAUCGUGCAGCUCGAUCGAGUACGAGUACAGCGUCUACAAGGCGGAGCCCUCGUUCCGGUCCGCCGCCGACGCGUCCACGCAGACGGACGACGUGCGGCGGAGGCGACGCAGGGCUCCGGAGGAGGCGGAGAAGAGGAAAGAGGCGCGCGACGAGAUCUCGAUCUCGAUCUCGCCGCCGGCGUCGGAUUCGAGCCCCGAGACGCUGGAGACGCUGCUGAAGGCGGACGGGCGGUCGUCGAAUUCGAAAGGGGGGCAGCAGAUUCAGAGGGCGGCGACGACGAGUAAAUCGUCGGUUCUGAUGCAAUUGAUCACCUGCGGGUCGCUGUCGUUCAAGGACUGUGGGGCCGGGCAGGUGAUAUCGCAGUACAGAAUGAGAGUGCCGCGCAGCGGAGAUGGCGGCGGCGGAAGGGCGAAAGUGGAGGAGAAGGACUAUUUUAGCGGGAGCAUUGUGGAGACGAACAAGGAGGAGCCGCUGCCGACUCUCAAACGCUGCAAUUCCUACAAUGCGGGUCGGGUCGGGGACUUUUAGUUUUCUUUUUCUUUUUCUUUUUUAAAAAUUUUUGUUUUAACCGUAGGUUUGUGGAGUGUAGUGGGAUAUAAAUGUAUUAUUGGGGCAUAGAAAUAACAGCUGUGGUUAUUCAGUUUC